AAAAUCGUAAGGUUUAUAAAACAAUGUGUUAAAUAACAUAGUUAGGUAAUCACAAUUAAAUCAAGUUGCAAUAAUGGAUCAUUUGACAAAGUAUUUAUUGUACAAUCGGACACCAAAAACAAAUGACAAAAUGGAUUAUGAAGCUAUAAAGGCGCAGCAAAAAGGGAACCAAGAAAAAGGAAAUAUUGAUAAAAGACUUCUUUUACUGUCACCGGAUCUUGGAAGAAAGAAUGAAGAACGGGUGUUGUAUCCGCGAAACAAGUUAUCGCCUGGCACGAAACCUGGCGUCGUUGGAGGAAACCCGAUAACUGAGGAGCUAGCAGUUGAACUUCGUGUAACAACAUUUGGGACAGCUUCAUGCCCACCGCGAGUAGAAUGGGUGCGAUCUCCCAUUGUAAUGAGAGCACCAGACCUGCCUUUAGCGUAUGGCCUGGCAGCACCUCGCAAUGGCACCAGGUCACUGCUCGCAGGCCUCCAGGCUCAUGUCAUUAAGUGGUUACUGUUUGAUUCCCGACCUUUGACUAAGGAUAAUAAAUCUGCCGACCCUCCAGAAACUUACUUGCGCCCUUCUGAGGAGCGUCAGGAAGAGGCUCUAUGGCGUGCGUGCAGCGAAGUAAUAUGGCGCUGUGCGGGCGGCAUGGCGCCCCCGCAGACUGGUCAGGCAAAAGCAGUGGUGGUGCUGCCAUCAGAUAUGACGUACGUGCAACACAGCUCAACAUACUAUCAAGAUGGAGUUACCGAAAAGUUUAAAAUUGAAGAUGGUUGCGGAGCUUUGCUGUUGCUGUAUGCUGCAGUGCUAUCUAGAGGAUGUGAAAACGUCAAAAAAGACUUGGAUGGCAAGCUGACAUACUUGGUUUCCUCGCACGUGGAAGGAUCGCUAAACAUUGUGACGUUGCUGCUCACCGGCCGGGCCACUCCAUACCUUCAUAACGGAGUCGUUUAUAUUGGUGACGAAGACCACUAUGCCAUGCCACAGUUCGGAGUAUUGUCACGUAGUCCAGUCGGUCUUUUAGUAUUCUAUGGAAGCGAAGACAAUGCUAAAAAUAAUGCUAACCAGCAGCAUCCAGGAUCUAGGCUUAAAACACCAGCUAUGCCUAUUUGGGUUACAAGUUGUUCGGGACAUUAUGGCGUGAUGUUUAAUACGAAUCGUGAAUUGUUAAGGAAUUAUCAUGCAGAACGAAGAUUUGAUGUCCACUAUUACACUUCGGGUGGCUGCCAUGUCCUGUUGAACGUCGAUACGCGCGCUCAUGAUGACUCAGCGGGGCCUAUGAGGAACGAUGACAUUAGCGCCACGCCUCUCGAAAAACUCAUUCAUACAAAGUGGCAAGAUGCAAAAAUAACCUGGACGGGUCCAGGGCCUCAUGUCAGCGAUUCCCCAAUAUGAACAUCAUCAAGUUAAUACACGCGUAGGUAGUUGUAGAUGUAGAAUUUAAGAAUUAGAAAGUGAAAUUAGUUAAUUAGUCCUGUUGUUCUGAUAUCAUUACUGCUGUCAUCCGUAAUCGAGGUCUUACCAUCUUCGCCUGAGUAGGUAGGUAUGUAUAUUUAAUUGUAUACAUAUAUAUGUAAGGAAUAAGUUUAGUUCGCUUUACCAAUAUAAUUAACACAAUGUUAGUUGAUGUUAGUGAACUAAUCCGAAUAUACUGAAUUCAAUGUAACUUCUUCACUUCACUGCGUAGUCUCAGUUAAAUUGGUUGGAUGAGUAGGUAGUAGAUUCUACAAAAUUUGGAUAAGUAGGCACUCGGAGUAAAUUUUAGUAGGUAUAAUAUUGGUAAUGUAAAAAAUUGGCUAAGGCUGCAACCAGCCUAAGCAAGGUGGCAAUCGCUUGCACUAUGACAACGUAAAGCUUUGUAUUUCUCGAUUAUUAUUCGACAGUGAAAAUGAAAAUGAAAAUGAAAUAUUUAUUUUUCAAGUAGGCAUAUUACAAUGCGCAUAUGAACGUCAAAUAAAGCUACGCCAGCUCUAACCCUACGCCUCAGCCUCGAGAAGAUUUCAGCGCAAGUGUCAGCGUAAUCGAUUAGCAGGUUGACUAAGCAGUUUGUUGUUGAAUUUACUCGUAGGUCAGUAUUUUAAUGUAGUUAAUGCUUUUAUGUAGCGAACUCAUACGAUUGUAUGUUAGAAAUAUUAAAAGUGCU